GUUAACUCAUUUAUUCAUACUUUUUCACACUAGGAUCUCCCAGUGGCCGCACAUUUUAAUUCCACAUCCCAUUCCCAUUCUGAUAUGUCUAUCCAUGGCCUCCUCUACUGUCAAGAUGAAGCCACACUCAGGUUGGGGGAACAACACCUUGUAUUCCAUCUGCAUAGCCUCCAACCUGAUGGUAUGAACAUUGACUUCUCUAACUUCCGUUAAUGCCCCACCUCCCCUUUGUACUCCAUCUGUUAUUUAUUUAUUUAUUUAAUAUUUUUUCUCUCUCUCCUUUUUCUCCCUCUGUCCCUCUCACUACACUCCUCGCCCAUCCCCCUCCCCCUUUUCCUUCUCCCUGGGUCUCCUGUCCCAUGAUCCUCUCAUAUCCCUUUUGCCAAUCACCUGUCCAGCUCUUGGCUCCAUCCCUCCACCUCCUGUCUUCUCCUAUCAUUUCGGAUCUCCCCCUCCCCCUCCCCCUCCCCCUCCCCCUUUCAAAUCUCUUACUAGCUCUUCUUUCAGUUAGUCCUGACAAAGGGUCUCAGCCCGAAACUCCUCUUCCUAGAGAUGCUGCCUGGCCUGCUGCGGUCACCAGCAACUUUUGUGUGUGUUGCUGGAAAUUCCAGCAUCUGCAGAUUUCCUCGUGUUUGCAGUUUUUAAUUGAUUAGCUAAUAAUUUACCAGAUUUAUCACUAUGUAUAUAAAACACGCUUCUUGUUUUCAUUAAUUGAUUUUCAAUUGAAGAUGUUAACAGUAAACUAUGUUCCAUUUGAAGUUCGACUCUGUGUUUAUAAAGUUCCUCACUGGGAGCAGUGGCAUCUUUCUUAUCAAAUUCUUUAAUCUUCUCAAUUAACGUAUUUCGUUCUUGAUACAUUUUUUCAAUCCAGCAGAAUAGGAGAUAAUCUGUCCACGGAUAUAUGCUUUAAAAGUGUCCCAUAAUACCCCGCUGGAAAUUUCUGCCGCAGCGUCAAUUGUUAAGUAACUCCCCUCUUAAAGCAUUCUGGAUCAGGAAGUGUUGGUAAUCAAAAUGGCUUCGAUACAGCUGGUUAGCUUAACCGAAGAAAUAAGUUGUCCCAUUUGCCUGGAUUUCUUCACCGACCCGGUUAUACUGGAGUGCGGACACAACUUCUGCCGCUCCUGUCUCACACAGUGUUGGGAAAGGGAGGAGAGAAACUCCUGCCCGGAAUGUAGAGAGGAGUUUGCAGACCGCACCCUCAGGGUCAAUCGAGCCUUAGCAAAUCUGUCUGAGAAAGCUCGAAAACUAAACCUGAAUCCGAAAGAGAAGGAAAGUAAACUUCACUGCGAGGAACACGAGGAAGAACUGAAGCUGUUUUGUGAGACGGACAAGACACUGAUCUGUGUGAUCUGUAGAGAUGCGCAGGAACACAGAGACCACCGCUUCCUGCCGAUUAAAGAAGCUGUGAAAAUGUACAAGGCUCAGAUCGAAUCUUCCAUAGAAUCGCUCGCAAAAAGGACGCCAGUAAUCCAAGAAAUGGAGCAACGUCAGAGGCAGAAGAUCUCUGAAUUUAGGGAGGAAGCUUGCCGGAAGUCAAGGAUUAGUGAGAAAUGUGUAUUGCCAGAAGCAGUCGACGUGCUGCAGAUCGCAAAAUUCGACCAUCCGUUUUUGCUUCACGCAGCAUUGAGAGAAAUGCUUGACGCCAUUAAGCAAGACUCUGUGACCCUGGAUAUGGAAACCGUGGGUCCAUGGCUCGAGGUAUCUGAGGAUCAGAAGAGCGUGAGAUGGACCCAAAAUUGCAUCAGUCCUCCUGACACUGGGAAGAGGUUUAUAAUCUGGCCCUGUGCUCUGGGAUCGGAGGGAUUUACGUCGGGGAGGCAUUACUGGGAGGUGGAACUGGGGGAGAAUUGGGGCUGGUGUCUGGGAGUUGCCGCGGAGUCCGUGGAGAGGAAGAGAGAGGUCAAAAUGACAACUGUGAAUGGCGUCUGGGUCAUUGAGCGGGCUGGUGAUGAGUUUCAUGCAAACACUUCUCCUCCGUCCCUCCUCCCUGUUGAUCCAUCCCUUGGGAGGCUGGGAAUUUAUCUCAGAAUCGAGUCAGGGAUACUUUCCUUUUAUAAUGCAGAAACCAAGUCCCAUCUCUACACCUUCACUGGGAAUAAAUUCACAGAGAAACUUUUUCCUUUCUUCUGGACUUGGGAUGAAAACCAGUGGCUGACAAUCUGCUCCGGUUCCGCUCCUGAUCUCUGCAUUGAGCAAGCCUAGUGAGCUUGAAAAUAAAACCGGUCAACGGAAGGAAAUGUAGAAAACAAAUUAGAAUUGUCAAUCCAUUAACUUUCACACAUACAUAGCAUCUGUCAAUGGGAAAUAUUCUGCUGUGAAAAUAUAAAGACUGAGAUGAUCAUUUUGUAUUUCAAAAAUCAGCUUUAUUGGUAAAAAGUCCACAUAUAUGCAAGAAAUAUAAAUCCAAAUCAAAAACAGUGUAUUUUUUUAACUUCUGUCGCGUGGUUGAGUGUAUAAUUUGCAGUGUUAUCGGUCCUAUUCAUUUGCAGUGCGAGCACAAGCCCUUGAUGCACUUCUACACCCAUCUGACCAAUUAACCUAUUAACAGUCUGUCUUUGGACAGACUGUGGAAACUGGAGCACCCAGAGGAAACCCAUGCGGUCACAGGGAGAACAUACAAGCUCCUUAUGGAGAGCACUGAGAAUUCAAACCAAGUUGCUGGUACUGUGCCACCACAAAUGUGCAUAUUUUUUUGUAUUCAAAAUAAACUUUAUUCAGAAUAAGAAUAUUUAUGAGAAUAAACCGUGCAACUCUCUUCAUUGGGCACGUGGCCAAGUGGUUAAGGCGUUCGUCUAGUGAUCUGAAGGUCGCUAGUUCGAGCCUCAGCUGUGGCAGCGUGUUUGUGUCCUUGAGCAAGACUCUUAACCACACAUUGCUCUAGUGUCUGUGUGAGGAGUGGCGCCCCACACAGACUUCCAAUCUGCGCUUUGUAAGGCAUGAAAAUG